AUGUCUAAUCCAAUUGUUUUAGAAUAAUCAAUUGAAGAAAUAAUGGAUCAGACUAAAAUAAACGAAUUAGUGAAUAGAUUCUAUAAUCAAACCUAAAUACCUAAGAAGUUAAAAUUUCAAAACGAUAGUAGUCAAAUUUAAGGUCUUUAAGAUGUAGUCACAAUGAAAAAUUGGUUAUACAUUAUUUUAUUAGGGAAUUUUAUACAGUAUUGA